AUGUCCGACGACGAAAGUGUGCCUUCUUUUGUGGAGGAUGUCAGAGUAAAGUUCGUGGAGGAGAAAGUUUGUAGACUGCUGCAGCUGCACCGUCAAACAUGGGAGAAGAGUGUUGUGAACGAAGAAUUUCAAACACGUCUGAAAGACUUCUUCGAGAAGGACUCUGUAAUAUAUUGCUUUUCAUCAAACAGGGGUCAUGUGGUCGCUUCCAAGGAGGUUCCCACUGUUGCUCAAAACAAGCAAAUAUAUAUCCUUAAGAAGACUGUGGCUGCUGUUACACCUGAAAACUUCAGACAACUUUUGGUUUUUGGACUUCUGUCUCCAUCACUAUUACUGCAGCUGACAUGCACAGUUGAGCAGGUGUGUUUUCCACUGCUUUCAAACAAUAAAAACCAUCAGAUGUGGCCAAAUUUUAUGUCUGAAGACAUCAUACGACAUAUUGAGAGAAUGUGCUGUAAGACAUCAGUCAUACAGGGGCAGGUUUUGGGUAAAACUAUCCUCCCUGUCCCAUCUGCAACCGAUUGGACUGACAAUUCAAACAGCACCAUCAAAAUGUACAAUAACUAUGAUAGGGCACUGGCCCAUGCCAUUGAGACCCUGAUCAUUAACUGGACCAAUGUAAUCCAGAAAAUUUUAAAGGAGGAUUCCUCAGACAUAAUCAUGACAGACUGUAAUCCAGGGCCUAAUGCAGAGCUGACGUUUUGGGCUUCAAGGAAAAAGAACAUACAGGACAUUUAUCAUCAGCUUCAGAGUCCUGUUGUUCAGAAAAUGGUGAAGAUAUUAGAGAUAAUGGAUAGCAGUUAUCAUCCCACAAUCCAGACUCUAAUAGGAAAUAUAUUUGAUGCACUUCAAGAAUCCCAAGACAUUGAACUGCACCUACAGCCACUUCAUGAACAACUGUCUAAACUGGAAAAAGAAGAAUUUUGUCACUUGGACACAUUCACUCCUGCACUGUUUCACACUCUAUAUCUGAUAUGGAGCAACUGCCAAUUUUAUCAAAGACCUGCACGCAUUGUGGUGUUACUACAGGAACUGUGUAAUCUGUUCAUUGAGCAGGCUUCUACAUACCUCUCUGCAGAUUUGCUUCUCAGAGAGGAUCCAGUGGAAAAUCUACAAAUGGUGAAGAAGGUGAUAAAAGUGUUGAGAUGUUUCAGAAACAGUUACCAGACUCAGAGGGAGAGGUUGGCCAACCAUGUGAAACAUGCACCCUGGGAUUUCCCAUCUGCCAUGAUAUUUGCACGUUUCAACCAGUUCCUAAAGCGUAUGCUGCAGCUGGAGGACUUAUUUGAAAUCAUGCUGGACUUUCAAAGAAUGGAAAAACUGGAAUUUGGUGGGCUGAAAGGAAAACUCUACAGUGAGCAUGCUGCUCAGAUGUACAGAGAGUUUGCUGAGCAUUGCAAAGUAUUGCAGCACAGUGAAAACAGCCCAUUUGACCUCACUCAAGGUUUUGAAAAUGAGUACAAAGAGUUCAAAAGCAAGAUUGUAGACUUUGAAUACCGCCUUGCCAGCCUUCUAUGCUUGGCCUUUAAGGAUUGCUCAGGACUGGAAUCAGCAUGUAAAUUGCUAACUAUCAUUGGACCCUUCCUUGAGAGAAGACAAAUUCGACAGGUAUUCAGUCACAACUUCCUUCUUCUGCAGCAGCAUUUCAGAGAAGAGCUGGAGAAAUGUAAAUGUCUAUUCAAAUUCCAGCUCAACCAGAUCGAGAGCGGCUUGACUAAAAAUACUCCUCACACAUCUGGAGCUUUGAAGUGGGCGAAAAUUCUCAGAAAACGCAUUCAAACACCAUGGGAAAGAGUCAAAUCACUGUUUGACAAGCCUGCAGAAGGUGUAGGGACAGUGAACGAAUACAUGGAGUUACUGAGUCUCCUGGACCAGUAUGAAGAGGACAUUUACUCUAACUGGUGUAAUGGUUUAGAUCAUACCUGCCUGAUCAACCUGAACCAGCCCCUUCUCUCACGAGAUACCCAAUCUGGCCUGAUCUCAGUCAACUUUAAUCCUAAGCUGACUGAAGUCUUGAAAGAUGUGAAGUAUAUUCAGACUCUUAGUAACAUCAAGAUCCCUGCGGCUGCUAUGACUGUUUUUGAGAAGCGCUUCAUGUUCACAAAAUAUAUGAGCAGUCUGCAACUAUUGGUGCAGGGGUACAACAAGCUAAAGCAGACAGUGCUAGAGGUGGAACUUCCUCUCAUCAGAGCUGAGAUGGAGUCCUUAGACGUGCAGUUGAAAAGGGCAGAGUCUGACCUAAUGUGGCAGGAUCCAGACUGCUGGAGCUUCAUAAGCACUUCCAAGGACCUGGUCUAUGGACUUGUUUGUCGAGUCGGUAAAGCCAAGGAGAACUGUGAAGCCAUCCAGUCAAUGAUGAAGGGAUGGAUCAAACAGGCUAUGUUCUGCAGAAAGGAAAACAAGAAAGGCUCACUCAUACAGCUAGAGGACAGGGGUGAGCGGGUCAACAAGAAGUACAGCUCCAUGAAGAAGGAUGGAAACUCUAUCCACAAGCUGGUCCAAGAGAAUAUGGCUCUUUUAAAUGCUGACCCUGAUUCAGAAGCAUGGCGGUCCUAUCUGGAGUUUGUGGAUGAGAUGGUGGUGGAGGGGCUCUUCAGCUACAUCAGCCACUCUCUUCAGUUCUUUGUGGACAAUAUGGAAUCAGGGCCAAAACAGAAACCACUGUUGGAGGCUCAGUUGAUGCUGAGAAGCUCAGGAAUGGUCUUCCUGCCAUCGUUGGAGCAGGAAGCAGGCGAUGGCUUCUAUGAGCUGAUAGAAGGACUGGUCAGAGACAUAUUCAAGACUUCAGAGAAUAUUUACAGAGUAGCUGCUCAUCAAACCAUGGAGAACUACCAGGAUGUGAUGGAUGACAUGCUGGAUUUGUUGGAACUAAGACAAAAAAUAAUGGAACAAGUGGAGAAGGUUCUCAAGAAAGCUAUAAAUUACCAGAGAGAGUUUGACUGCUACACACAUCUCUGGCAAGGCGAUAGGGCUGAGUUCCUCAGCCAGUUCCUCCUGUUUGGACGUCUGCUUACAGCUGAAGAGAUGGAAACGUAUGAAGCAGAUGCACUCCCUGAGAGCCCACCUACAAUCAGUAACUUCAAAGAACAGAUUGAUUACUAUGAAGAUCUGUAUGCUGAAAUUUCCAAGAUGGAAGAAUUCAGAGUAUUCAAUGGAUGGUUUCGGGUAGAUAUCAGAUUCUUCAAGGAGAUGCUCCUCAACACUUUGAAGAAGUGGAGCUGGCUUUUUAAAAAACACCUCUUGACAUAUGUCACCAACAGUCUUGAUGAGCUGCAGAAGUUUGUGCGAGCCACUACUGAAGGACUCGGCCAGUCUUUGGCACAAGGAAACCACUGUGGCUUGGUGGAAGUGAUGAGUCACCUGUUGGCUGUGAGGGACAGACAAGCAUCCACAGACAAGAUUUUUGAGCCACUUAGAAACACAAUAAUCCUUCUGGAACAAUACGGAGUGACUAUACCAGACCAGGUCUACUAUCAGCUGGAGGAACUUCCUGAGAAAUGGAGUGAGGCAAAAAAACUAGCCAUAAAAGUGAGGCAUGAUGUGGCUCCCAUGCAGAAUGCAGAAGUAAUGGUUUUACGCAGAAGAUGCAUGGCAUUUGAGAUGAAACAAAGCAAAUUCAGAGACAUGUUUAAAGAAAUGGCACCCUUCAGUUACAAUGCAGCGCAUCCGUACAUCAGUCUGGACAAAACUGAAAGAGCAAUCCGAGAAAUGGAGAAAGAGGUAUCAGUACUACAGGAGUCCACCAAUCUGUUUGAUGUUACUAUUCCUGACUUCAAAGACAUCAAGCUCUGCAGACAGGAGAUUGUCGUGCUCAAAAAACUAUGGGACAUUACUGUGUUUGUGCAGAGCAGUGUGGAAAAGUGGACAAUGACCAAAUGGAGGCAGAUAAACGUGGACCAGAUGGAUGCAGAAUUGAGGUGGUUUGCCAAGGACAUGCGAAGGCUUGACAAAGAUGCUCGCGUGUGGGAUGUAUAUUCUGGGUUAGACCUUUAUGUAAAGAACCUGUUGACAUCACUGCUGGCCGUGAGUCAGCUACAGAACCUGGCAAUAAGAGAGCGCCACUGGGUGCAACUUAUCAGAACAACACAGAUGGACUUCACUGUGACUGACCACACCACGUUGAAAGACCUCUUGGCUCUGCACCUCCAUUUGCUGGAAGACAAAGUCCGCUACAUAGUGGAUAAAGCAGUCAAAGAAAUGGCUAUAGAAAAGGCUGUGACACAAAUAAAUCAAACAUGGGAAGCAAUGGAGCUUUCAUAUGAAAAUCAUUACCAAACUCCUGUGCCACUACUUAAAUGUGAUGAGCAACUUAUUGAAACUCUUGAAGAUCAUCAGGUUCAGCUCCAAGGCAUCUUUCAGAGCAAGCAUGUUGAUCACUUUAUGCAUCAGGUAGUGGAACUACAGAAGCAGCUGACUGUGGCUGACACCGUGCUGAUGGUCUGGAUGGAGGUCCAAAGGACAUGGGUGUACCUGCAAAGCAUCUUCAAGGGCUGUAAUGACAUCUGCCAACAGCUGCCUGCAGAUGCAUACAGAUUCCAAGCCAUAGAUUCAGAAUUUCAGGAGCUAAUGCUGGACCGUGCUCAGACUAAAAAUGUCAUUGAGGCCACCAACAAACUUGCUCUUUUUGAGAAGUUAGAUGACCUACAACAAAGGCUGGUAUUGUGUGAAAAAGCUCUUGCUGAAUACCUGGAGACAAAGAGACUUGUCUUUCCUCGAUUCUACUUUAUUUCAUCUGCAGACUUGUUGGAUAUUCUCUCUAAAGGGAGUCGUCCCAGAGAGGUAACUUUUCACCUCUCGAAAUUAUUUGACAACAUGUCAGACCUUGAGUUUGCCGAAAAUAAAGAGUUGGAUAAUCCUAAACUAGCCGUAGGCAUGUACAGCAAAGAGAGAGAAUAUGUUCCAUUCAAGACUGAAUGUUGCUGUUAUGGGCCGGUGGAAGCAUGGCUGACUGGUCUGGAGGAGACUAUGCAAGAAUGUGUCAGGGGUCACCUGUCUGAUGCUGUGUCUGUGUACGAGGAUCGGCCCAGAGAACAAUGGAUUCUCGACUUCCCCGCACAAGUGGCUCUCACUGGAUCCCAGAUCUGGUGGAGCAACGAUAUGGAGCUUGUGUUUAAAAGACUGGAGGAGGGAUUUGAGUAUGCCCUGAAAGACUACAACAAGAAACAGAUUUUUCAUCUCAACUUGUUAAUCAGCAUGCUGCUUGGAGAUCUUAGCUCGGGCGACAGACAGAAGAUCAUGACUAUUUGCACUAUUGAUGUCCAUGCGAGAGACAUUGUUGCCAGCCUCAUUGCCCAAAAAGUAACUACCUCACAGUCCUUUCAAUGGCUUUCCCAGCUUCGACAUUGCUGGUAUGAGCAGCAGCAUCACUGCUCUGUUAACAUUUGUGAUGCUCACUUCCUUUACUCAUACGAGUAUCUUGGAAACACACCACGUCUCGUCAUCACUCCCCUCACAGACCGGUGCUACAUAACCCUAAGUCAGUCACUCAACCUGACCAUGAGCGGAGCCCCAGCAGGCCCUGCUGGAACAGGGAAGACUGAGACCACUAAGGAUCUAGGCAGAGCAUUGGGCAUCAUGGUAUACAUCUUCAACUGUUCUGAACAGAUGGACUACAAGUCUAUUGGAAAUAUCUACAAAGGCCUGGCACAGACAGGAGCAUGGGGCUGCUUUGAUGAGUUCAAUCGUAUCGCUGUGGAUGUUUUGUCAGUGGUAGCAGUGCAGGUCAAAACUAUACAGGAUGCUAUUCGGGCUAAGAAGAAAAGUUUUCUGUUCCUGGAUCAAGACAUUGUCUUAAAGCCUUCUGUGGGGAUCUUCAUCACUAUGAACCCUGGGUAUGCAGGCAGGACAGAGCUACCUGAGAACCUCAAGGCUCUUUUUAGACCCUGUGCCAUGGUGGUGCCUGACACUGAACUUAUCUGUGAGAUCAUGUUGGUGGCAGAGGGCUUCAAUGGUGCUAAGCCUCUAGCAAGGAAGUUUAUUUCUCUGUACACUCUCUGCAAAGAGCUGCUCUCCAAACAGGAUCACUAUGACUGGGGUCUGCGUGCUGUCAAGUCUGUUCUGGUUGUGGCAGGGGCACUGAGAAGGAAAGACAAAAGUAGACCAGAGGAUCAGGUGCUUAUGCGUGCACUGAGGGACUUCAACAUGCCCAAAGUAGUGACUGAGGAUGUGACGAUCUUUUUGGGCCUACUGGGAGACCUUUUUCCAGGCCUGGAGGUGGAGAGAGAGAGAGACUUUGAAUUUGAAAAGACCAUCCGAAAGACCACACUGGAGCUCAGACUCCAGCCAGAGGAGACGUUCAUUCUUAAGGUGGUGCAAUUGGAGGAACUCAUGGCAGUGCGUCACUCUGUCUUUGUUCUCGGAAAUGCAGGGACUGGGAAAAGCAAGAUAUUGAGAGUUCUUCAUAACACCUAUAUAAACUUGAAGAAGAAACCAGUAUGGAAUGACCUCAACCCAAAGACUGUGGACAGAGAUGAACUGUUUGGCUUUAUUCAUCCUGCAACCCGAGAGUGGAAAGAUGGUUUGCUCUCAUCACUGAUGCGAGAGCAAGCAAACAUCUCCCACAAAGGACCUAAGUGGAUUGUGUUGGAUGGAGACAUUGAUCCGAUGUGGAUUGAAUCACUCAACACAGUGAUGGAUGACAACAAGGUUCUUACUCUGGCCAGUAAUGAGCGUGUGCCCCUGACUUCUUCCAUGAGACUUGUGUUUGAAAUCAGUCACCUAAGAACGGCCACACCUGCCACUGUUUCCAGAGCAGGAAUUCUCUAUGUAAACCACCAGGACCUGGGCUGGACCCCGUACGUUGCCAGCUGGAUCGACCAACGAGAACGUCAAACAGAAAGGGCUCACCUCACCAUACUGUUCGAAAAGUAUGUUCCUCGUUGUGUAGAACAGAUGCGAAACACCUUUAAGACCAUAACUCCUAUCCCAGAAAACUCUAUGGUGCAGACACUGUGCACUUUGCUCAACUGCCUCCUUUUGCCAGAAAAUAUUCCACCGGAUUCUCCAAGAGAGCUCUAUGAAACAUACUUCGCCUUCGCCUGCAUUUGGGCUUUUGGUGGGGCUCUAUAUCAAGAUCAGCUCUAUGAUUAUCGGGUAGAGUUCAGCCAGUGGUGGACCAAAGAAAUGAAGACAGUGAAGCUUCCAGCACAGGGUACAGUGUUUGACUACUACCUUGAACCUCAAACCAAACGGUUUCUGCCAUGGAGUGAUACUGUUCCUCCAUUUGAAAUGGAAACUUGUGUUCCAUUACAGGCUGUUCUAGUACACACAGCAGAGACUGUACGUUUUCGCUACUUCAUGGACUUGUUGCUGGAGAGGAGACAGCCUGUGAUGCUUGUGGGGAAUGCUGGAGUGGGGAAGACAGCACUUGUCAGGAAUAAGUUAGACUGUCUUCCAGAAAGUUACAUGACUACAAAAAUACCUUUCAACUACUACACCACCUCCCUCUCGCUGCAGGGGACUUUGGAGCAAUCCUUAGAGAAAAGAGCAGGCAGAAGCUUCUUCCCUGUGGGCAACAGAAGGAUGGUCUACUUUAUAGAUGAUCUGAACAUGCCCGCUGUUGACGGUUUUGGAACAGUACAACCUCACACACUGAUACGCCAGCAUCUGGAUUAUGGUCACUGGUAUGACAGACAGAAACUGACCCUGAAAGAAAUACACAAUACCCAGUUUGUUGCCUGUAUGAAUCCAACUGCUGGAAGCUUCAAUAUCAACCCAAGACUACAGAGACAUUUUUCUGUGUUUGCGGUGAACUUGCCCUCCCCUGAGGCUCUGAAGUCCAUCUACACUCCAAUCCUGUGUGGGCACCUGAAGCAGAAACACUUUAGUCCUCUGGUUCAGAGUAGUGCUACAGCUGUGAUCCAAGCUGCUAUAAGUCUUCAUCACAAGAUCCUUCACAGCUUUCUGCCCACAGCCAUUAAAUUUCACUACACAUUUAAUCUACAAGACUUGUCCAACAUUUUUCAGGGCAUCUUCUUUGCUGGGCCUGAGAGUGUGAAACAGAGCACUGACCUGGCACUGUUAUGGAUCCACGAGACCUGCAGGGUGUACUCAGACAGGCUGGUAGAUGUCACGGACCUGCAGCUUUUCCGGAAGCUCCAGAUGGAAACUGUACAUGAAUGCUUUGAGGGCCUGGAGGACAAAGAGAUGACAAAGCAGCCCCUCCUCUAUUGCCACUUUUCCCAAACAGGCAAUGAACCCUCCUAUACUCCUGUUAAAGACUGGUCUUCCCUCAACUCUAUCCUCACUGAUGCUCUUAAGACCUACAAUGAGCUCAAUGCAGCCAUGAAUCUGGUGCUGUUUGAAGAUGCAAUGCAGCAUGUCUGUCGCAUCAGUCGCAUCCUGGAGUCCCCAAGGGGUCAUGGCUUAUUGGUUGGGGUCGGGGGCAGCGGGAAGCAGAGUUUGACUCGUCUGGCUGCCUUCAUAUCCUCUGUGGAAGUCUUCCAAAUCACUCUGAGUAAGGGUUACAGCAUCAAGGACCUCAAGAUGGAUCUGGCAGGCUUGUUCGUCAAGACUGGUUUGAAGAACCAGCGAGUCGUUUUGCUCCUUACUGAUGCACAUAUACCUGAUGAGCGGUUUCUGGUCAUUAUUAAUGACAUGCUGGCAUCAGGAGAAAUUCCUGAGCUCUUCAGCGAGGAGGAGCUUGAAGGUAUCGUGUCAGGUGUGAGAGCUGAAGUCCGUGCCCUUGGACUGCUGGACAACAGGGAGAACUGCUGGAGAUUCUUUACAAACCGAGUUCAAUUACAGCUCAAGGUGAUACUGUGUUUGUCUCCAGUGGGCAGCAGCCUUCGUGUUAGAGCUCGUCGAUUCCCUGCUCUUGUUCAGUGCACCACCAUUGACUGGUUCUAUCCUUGGACCCCAGAGGCUCUGCAGUCGGUCAGCUUCAGGUUCAUUCAAGAGAUUGAAGGCAUUGAGCCUGUCAUCCAGGAAUCCAUCAGUCUUUUCAUGGCCUACGUUCAUACCAGUGUCAACCAGGCAAGUGAAAAAUACCAGUGCAAUGAGAAGAGGUACAAUUACACCACCCCCAAGAGCUUUCUCCAGCAAAUCACCCUGUACAGGAACCUUCUGGAGAAGAGUCGGGCUCAGCUCCACCACAAUAUGAACCGGCUUGAAAACGGCCUUCAAAAACUCCAAACCACUGCCGCCCAGGUUGAGGAUCUAAAAGCUAAAUUGGCAUCCCAAGAAGCUGAACUGACCUUUAAAAAACAGAAAACUGAGGCUCUAAUUACAAAGAUAGGACUGCAGACUGAGAAGGUUAGCAGCAAGAGGGAGGCUGCAGAUGUUGAGGCACAAAAGGUUGCUGUCAUCCAGGCAGAAGUCUCUAUCAAGCAGAGAGAUUGUGAAAAUGACCUCACUAAGGCAGAGCCCUCACUGACAGCUGCUACAGAAGCACUAAACACCCUCAACAAGAUGAAUCUUACUGAGCUGAAGGCCUUUCCCAACCCUCCAGCUGCAGUGAUCAAUGUAGCAGCAGCUGUGAUGGUCCUGCUAGCUCCUCGCGGUCGAGUGCCUAAAGAUCGGAGCUGGAAGGCGGCCCGGGCCUUCAUGGGCAAGGUGGAUGUUUUCCUGCAGGCUCUGGUAUCAUAUGACAAGGAGCACAUCCCUGAGUCUUGUUUGACUGUGGUGAAAAAAGAGUAUCUGAAAAACCCUGAGUUCCACCCUGAUCUAGUACGGACCAAAUCUACAGCUGCAGCUGGUCUCUGUGCCUGGACUAUUAACAUUGUCAGAUAUUAUGAGAUUUAUUGUGAGGUCAUUCCAAAGAGGCAUGCAUUAUCACAAGCUAAUGCUGAAUUAGAAACAGCAACAGCCAAAAUGUUAACAGUUAAAAAGAAAUUGGUGGACCUUGACACCAGCCUCCAGAGCCUCACAGCUCAGUUUGAAAAGGCUACAGCUGAGAAAAUCAGCUGUCAAGAGGAAGUGACACUUACCAACCAGACUAUUGAGCUGGCCAACCGACUGGUCAAGGGCUUAGAGUUAGAGAAGGAGCGCUGGUCACAGGCAACUGUCCAGUAUGAAAAGCAGCAGAAAACCCUGUGUGGUGAUGUACUCAUCACUUCAGCAUUCGUCUCCUACAUGGGAUACUUCACCAGGCAAUACAGAGUUGAACUCCUGAAUGAAACAUGGAUCCCUUUCCUUCAGUCUAUGAAGGUCUCUGUACCCCUGACAGACGGCCUGGAUCCAAUCCUCGUGCUUACAGAUGAUGCCACUGUGGCUGCCUGGCAUAACCAGGGCCUGCCAAAUGAUAGGAUGUCCACUGAAAAUGCUGCCAUCCUGACCACCAGUGAGCAUUGGCCACUCAUCAUUGACCCACAGCAGCAGGGCAUCAAGUGGAUUCGAAACUGGCUCGGACCAGAGCUGAGGGUGGUGCAGCUGGGGCAGAAAGGGUAUCUUGAUGUGAUUGAACAAGCCCUCGCCUGUGGUCAUACAGUUCUGAUUGAAAAUCUGCCGGAAAAAGUAGACCCAGUCCUGGAACCUCUACUUGGCAGAAACACUAUCAAAAGAGGGAGGUACAUUCGAAUUGGGGGGAAGGAGUGUGAAUAUAACAGUAACUUUCAACUCAUUAUGCACACCAAGUUGGCCAAUCCUCAUUUCCCUCCUGAGCUCCAGGCCCAGACAACCCUCAUCAACUUCACAGUGACUCCGGUGGGCUUGGAAGAACAGUUGCUGGGACAGGUAGUGUCUCGUGAAAGGCUCGAACUCGAGGCCCUAAAGAUGGAGCUGACAACACAGCAGAACUACUUCAAGAUUGAGCUCAAGAGGUUGGAGGACGACUUAUUGAGUCGCCUGUCUGCAGCCCAUGGUAGUUUUCUGGGUGAUAUUUCUCUAGUGGAGCAACUUGAGAACACAAAAAACACAGCAGCUCACAUUCAGCUUAAGGUUGUGGAGGCCAGAGAGAAUGAGACAAAAAUCAACGAGGCUCGAGAACUAUACCGUCCAGCAGCUGAGAGAGCGUCGCUCCUCUUCUUCAUCAUCAAUGACCUCAGAAAGAUUAACCUCAUGUACCAGUUUUCUCUCAAGACUUUUAUCUCGAUGUUUCAAAAAGCAAUGGAGCGAGCAGAAUGGGAUGAGGAUGUGAGGACCAGAGUGCACACCCUCACUGAGGCCAUCACCUAUUCUGUAUUCCUGCACACCAGCCAGGGCCUGUUUGAGAGAGACAAGUUAACCUUCUUGUCACACACUGCCUUCCAGAUUCUGCUCAAGAAAGGCCUGAUUGAUCCCCAGGAGUUUGACUUCCUGCUGCGUUUUCCUGUGGAGGCCAGUAAAGUUAGUCCUGUGUCCUUCCUAUCUCCUCAUGCCUGGGGAGCCAUCAAGACACUAUCUACAAUGGAGUACUUUAGUGGACUAGACAGAGAAGUGGAAAGCUCACAAAAACGCUGGAGGAAGAUCAUGGAGUCCAGCUGUCCUGAAAAGGAAAGACUUCCCCUGGACUGGAAGAAUAAAAGUUCUCUACAGAAGCUUAUUAUCCUUAGAGCACUUCGCCCUGAUAGAAUAACAUACACGUUAAGGAACUUUGUAGAGGAGAGCAUGGGGACUAAAUAUGUGGAGGCUGUCAGGCUGGAAUUUGACAAGUUGUAUGAAGACAGUGGCCCAUCAACCCCUGUGUUCUUCAUCCUCUCCCCUGGAGUGGAUCCACUCAAAGAUGUUGAGAAACUAGGAGGGAAGUUGGGAUUUUCCAUUGACCAGGGCACUCUUCACAAUAUAUCUCUGGGACAAGGGCAGGAGAAAGUAGCUGAGAGGGUCCUGAAGAAUGCCUCUAAAAUUGGACACUGGGUCAUUCUGCAGAAUGUGCACCUGGUAGCUCGCUGGCUGCCCUUCCUAGAUGCACUUUUGGAGACAACAGCGAUGGACAGUCACCCAAACUUUAGAGUGUUCAUCACUGGGGAACCAGCUCCAAGUCCUGCGCAGCAUGUGAUCCCCAGAGGCAUACUGGAGAAUGCCAUUAAAAUCACCAAUGAGCCCCCCACUGGCAUGAACGCCAGUCUGCAUGCAGCCCUCAACAAUUUCAGCCAAGACACUCUGGAUAUGUGUUCCAGAGAACAGGAGUUCAACUCGAUGUUCUUCUCCCUCUGCUUCUUUCAUGCCUGUGCCACUGAGCGCCGUAAAUUUGGUCCCCAAGGGUGGAACCAUAACUAUCCUUUCAGCACUGGAGACCUCACCAUCUCAGCCAGUGUCUUGUACAACUACUUAGAGGCCAACAGCAAAUCCAUGCAGGUUCCCUGGCAGGACUUAUGUUACCUUUUUGGUGAGAUCAUGUACGGAGGACACAUCACUGAUGACUGGGAUAGAAGGCUGUGUAAGACCUACCUACAGGAGUUCAUGCACCACAAAAUGUUUGAAGGUGAACUCUUUCUGUGCCCUGGGUUCCUUGCCCCUCCAUUCAUGGACUACAGUGGUUACCACAGUUAUAUAGAUGAACUUCUUCCAUCUGAGAACCCCACUCUGUAUGGUCUUCAUCCAAAUGCUGAGCUGGAGUGCCUCACUGUCAGCUCAGAAAACCUCCUGAGGUCUCUGCUGGAGCUGCAGCCACCGGAGUCCUCGAGAGGAGAUGGGGCCACUCAGAGCACAGAGGAGAGGGUCAAGUUGGUCAUUGAAGAUAUCUGCGAAAAGCUUCCUGAGGAGUAUGACAUGGCAGAGAUUAUCACAAAGACAACAGAGCGAAGCCCCUACAUUCAAGUCUGUUUUCAGGAGUGUGAGCGCAUGAAUCUUUUGCUAGCAGAAAUCAGGAAGUCCCUUCAUGAGCUGGAUCUGGGCCUGAAGGGAGAACUAACCAUCUCCUCCAGUAUGGAGACUCUGCAGUCAGCCUUGUUCAGUGACUCUGUUCCAGAUUCCUGGGCCCGACUGGCUUAUCCCUCCACAAAAACACUGGCACUGUGGUUCAGAGAUCUGUUGUGUAGCUGUCGAGAGCUGGACAGCUGGACUCAGGACUUGGUUCUUCCUGCAGUUGUUUGGCUCUCAGGACUUUUCAACCCACAGUCUUUUCUUACUGCUGUGCUGCAGAGCAUAGCUCGCAAGAAUAAGUGGCCCCUGGACAAGAUGACUCUGAUUGUGGAUGUGACAAAAAAAACGAAAGACGACUUUGGACAUCCACCACGAGAAGGAGCCCUCAUUCAUGGAUUAUACAUGGAAGGAGCUCGCUGGGACACUCAGUCUGGACACAUCUGUGAGGGGCUUUUGAGGGAUCUGACCCCAGCCAUGCCGGUGCUGUAUGUCAGAGCUGUGCCUGCAGAGGAGCAGGAGCUGAAGAAUACCUACGAGUGUCCGGUGUAUCGCACCAAGCAGCGUGGGCCCACAUAUGUGUGGACCCUCCACCUCCGAACCAAACAGCCUCCUGCCAAAUGGAUUGUAGCUGGAGUAGCUCUGCUGCUGUCUGUGUGAGUCAUAAGCAGAAUUCAUCAAUCAAUCAAUCAAUCAAUCAAUCUAUCAAUCUAUC